AUGACGCCAUCCUGUUUGGUGAAUGGACGCAGCCGCUACACAGCAGUGCAGCCACACAAACUUACUGAUCUGUGCCCACAAAACAGAGUGGCUGAAAGCAGCCUCGCAGUGGAAGACAGAGGUCAAUCCACUGGCCAUACAAGACAAAGUAGUUCAUCAUCGUUAAGAAGUGAGCCGAUUCCAACUAUUUAUUCCGAACAGCACAAGAGCAUGCUUGGAGAUGGCGGACCCAUUAGCAUUCAGAAAGAACAUCCAGCUUCGAGACAAUUAAAGGUUAAGCAAUGCCCGGUUCAGAAACUUCAGAGACUGCCAGAUGGGUACCAUCCUGAUUUUGACAAUGACCAUUUAUAUUCUGCCAACAAGCUCCUGGAGUCCUGGUCUAAAUCUCAUGGCUCUGUUCUUGUUGAUGAUAAGGAACAUAUAUUAAAGACCAUCUUAUUCUCAAUGGUUGUGUUGGCUGAUGCUCGCCAACCUUUUCUGAUUGUCACUACUACUGCUUCUCUCUCCUUAUGGGAGGUUCAGUUCAAUAAAUUAGCACCACAUAUCAAUGUUGUUGUGCAUGAUGGGCGGGCAGACAUGCUCAAGUUGAUUCAAGCUCAGGAGUUCAACGAGAAUGGAAGCCACAUAACGUCACAAGUUCUCUUAUCCCAUCCUGAGGCUAUCUUAGAGGACAUUGAGCCUAUUGCACGUAUUGGUUGGGAGGCAAUCAUAGUUGAUUAUUAUCAACACUUGGCUCUAAAAUAUCUGGAACAGCUGAAGCAACUUUGUACUGGUUUUAGAGUGUUGCUUGUGAGCUCCCCAAUUGAGGAUAUCCCUGAGUACAUGGACAUGCUAGCUUUCCUUAAAUCAGGACAGAAAGAUAAUAGUGGCUAUGUUGACACUGCUGAUGCCCUUGAGAUGUUAAAAAGAAGAUUUGCACAUCAUAUUGCAUAUGAGCGCAAAGAAGAUUCUUCAAAAUUUCUAGAGCACUGGGUUCCUGCUUACAUUUCACAAGUGCAGCUAGGUGUCUAUUGUUCCAUUCUGCUUUCAAAUUCAUCUGUCCUCCAGUCUAGGAAGAAAGCUAAUAGUGUUGAAGCUCUUCGGGACAUUCUCUUGUCUCUCUCAAAGUGCUGUAAUCACCCUUACCUCCGUGAAUGUCUGGAAGCUUCACCUGUCAACAAUCCUGAUAUGACUGAAACAGUAGAUAUUGGAGUGCAUGCAAGCGGCAAGCUACUACUUCUUGACAAAAUGCUUAAAGAGAUCAGCAACAGGAGGUUGAGAGUCAUUGUUCUUUUUCAGUCUGGUGGAGCAGGUGCAAACCCAAUGGGUGACAUUCUGGAAGGUGUUGUGUGUCAUAGAUUUGGCCCUGAGUCUUAUGAACGUGUCAAAUGUGGUGCGGUGAUGUCAAGUAAACAGGCGGCAAUUGAUAUGUUCAAUGACAAGACCAAGGGGAGAUUUGUUUUACUGAUUGAAAGUCGUGCAUGCCUCCCAAGCAUUAAGCUACUAUCAGUUGAUGCAGUCAUCAUAUAUAGCAGCGACUGGAACCCAUCUAAUGACCUGAAAGCUCUUCAAAGAAUCAACAUAGAGUCACAACUUAAGUAUGUGAGCAUUUUCCGAUUGUAUACUCCUUUCACAGUUGAGGAGAACAGCUUUGUGCUUGCAAAGCAGGGCAGGCUUAUUGAUAAUAACAUCCAGGAUGUAAUGCACACUUCAAGCCAUUCCUUACUCAGUUGGGGUGCACAAUUUCUCUUCACCAGAUUUGAUGAGCUUAUGCAAGAUAGGUAUUUAAGCAAGCAUUCUGAAAGGGGCACCAGUUUUAUGGAUGAAGUGAUAUUAGAGUUCGUAACAAAAUUACCCACAAAUACAGAAGACAGCUCCAAAAUAAACAGUGUGUACAUAUCGAAAGCUAAUAUGAGUGGGGAGUUUUAUUCAAGAAGCAUUACUGUAAUUGGUGAAAAGGAGGGAAUGUCUAUGCUGGAUGGGGAUCCAUCUGUAUUUUGGUUAAAUUUACUGGAUGGAAAAUCUCCUUGUUGGAGCUAUAUAUCUGAGCUAACACAGUCAAUCAAUGGAAUGCUACAGAACAUAGAAGAACCAGCCCAAGUUGCUGCCGAAGAAACUGAUGAAGCUACCAAUGUGUCAGUCACACAGCAAAGAGAAUGUCAUGUGUCUGUCACACAGCAAAGAGAAUGCCAUGUGUCAGUUGAUGUAUUUCCCAACAUGGCUGUGGAGAGAAGAAUUGAUUUAGUGGAUGAUGUCUUCUCUUUGAGAGAAAAUAAUAUCAUUCAUAAGCAACAAGCUGAGAUAUCAAAUUUAGUGACACACUCACAGCAUAAACAAAUCCUGAGAAUUGGAGCAACUCAGAUAUGUGGAUCGAGCAUGCAUAUGCAACAAUUGAGAACUCUGCCUGCCCAACAAAGUUUAGCAACCUUGCCCCAUCCACCUGCAGAAGCAGUGCCAGCAGGUAUUCCUGGCAUGGAGGCCACGACAUGUUUACAGUCAAUGCAGUAUCAACCUACAGAGGCAGAAUGGGGAGGUAUACUGGGCGCAUUAGCAGCCCACGGUUCGCAGCCUGAAAUGCAACCAUCAACCUCAAUGCAGGAUGUUUUAUUUGAAAAGACUGAUCUGUCUGGCAUGCCUUUGCUAGGAAGUAUGAAUGCUCGUCAAAGUGUAGAACCUUCAUUGGAUCUGCACGCAGGAGAAGAACCAGCAGGCACUUUGGGCAUGGUGACAACUGAUCAGCUGCAGUCUGAAAUACAACAAUCAGCCACAGUACAUGAUCGGCCUGCAGAAGCAGAAGGAACAAGUACAUUAGGCACCAGGGCACUUCAGAAUUUGCACCCUGAAAUGCAAUCAUCAACCGUAAUGCAUCAUGUCCCUCUUGAAAGAGCACACUCUGAAGGCAGGAGCCAAACAGGAUUUCAGCCAAAUACAUCACCUGGUCCUGAGCAGCUCAGCCAACUCCUUUUUUUCGAGGAAGAGCUCAACCAAGUCCUAUCUGCUAGUGACCAGCCACAGGAAGAUAUGUCGAAAAUGUACAAACAUCACAUCAAUUUGCUUAGAGAAGCCCAUGAACAGAAGAUAUCACAACUUCAAAUAGAGCGUUACCGGGAAAUAGAAAAUGUGAACAGAAAGUAUUACUCAUUACUCCAAAAAGAAGAUCCCACUUUACCUCACAGCCAGAUGGGACUUGUUGAUAGCUACAAGGAAGCUUCUGUAAACAAAUCACCAGCUCAAGAUUUUCUAGGGGAAGUUGCACCAUCAUCUGCAGCUCAAGGGAGAUCUGAGAGGCCUGCAAUGGUGCUGCCACCUAAGUCUUCACCAGCUCAAACCACAGCAUCACCAGGUGCCCCGCCAUACGACCACCAGUGAUGGCUUUGUUUCAUUCACCAGGAGGACCUUAUGUCCAGCCAUAAUCUAUCAUACCUGGUGAUCUUUGCGGAGCAACAUCACAAGUUUAUAUUUCAGCAUCUCCGCUACAGGGUGUAGGAGCACAUUCACCUCCUGCCGCUUCACCUCCAGCAGCACAUGGCCAAGUGGUGACAUGGAGGACUUUGCAUCGACAAGUCUAGGCAGGUUCCAGUUGACCUCCAUGAAAAAAAUGUUCGUGUUUUUGUAAGCAUGCUGAUGGAUGUCGAGGAACCUAUCAUAGUGUUU